AUGGAUGACAGCCAGAUCUACGAGAAAGUCCAGGAAGCGUAUAGCGCUGCUGUCAAAGGCAAUAGCAGUGAUUAUGGACAAAAGGUCGCUGCAGCAUUUGGAUAUAGCGAGAAAGAGCUGGCAAGCAUCCCGACGGGUGCCAACCUUGGCCUGAGCUGCGGAAAUCCACUUGCGCUCGCCAAGUUAAGAGAGGGCGAAACCGUUAUCGAUCUCGGUAGCGGCGCAGGAUUUGACGUGUUUCUUGCGGCCAGAAAGGUUGGGCCACAAGGUAAAGCUAUCGGAGUAGACAUGAACAAAGACAUGCUUGAGCGAGCAGAACGCAACAAAGAAAAGACCGAAUUCAAAAAUGUCUCCUUCGUGGAAUCUCGAAUCACUGAAGUGGCACUGCCAGACGCAAUUGCCGACUGCAUUAUCAGUAAUUGUGUGGUGAACUUAGUGCCAGAGGGUCAAAAGCAACUGGUCUUCGACGAAAUGUUUCGUCUGCUCAAAGCUGGUGGACGUGUGGCAAUCAGCGAUAUCCUGACCAGGCAGGAACUUUCGCAAGAAUUAAAACGUGAUGUGGCCCUAUAUGUGGGAUGUAUAGCGGGCGCAAGCCAAGUAAAGGACUAUGAGCAAUAUCUUCGCACAGCGGGAUUUCGGGAAAUUCUCAUUGUUGACGCCAACAGCGAUCUAAAUGUUUAUAAACGCAAGGAGGCGGAAGGAUUAAGUCAAUGCUGUGGCACCUGUGAAGAAAAGGCCUGUACUGGCUGUAGUGGGAAGAAGGCUGUGCAGGAUGCUCCUUGUGAAGCCAGCGAAAAAGACUUCGCUAAGCUUGAUUUCAAUGAAUGGGCUGGCUCCUUCAAGAUCUAUGCUGUCAAGGCAUGA